AUCAUCUGCUGAAUGAGAUAAACUGCUGGUGAUAUUCAUCUUCAUGGUUUAGGUUGGGAUGAGUUUAGUUAAAAUUUAUUGUCAUAUUGUUUUUGUGAUCCAUUUCUCAUCCUCUAACUAUUUAUUUGCUGUGUCCUUAAAUUAAUUGUCUUCUAAAAUUAUGCUGCAAUGCGAAAGAAGACUUUUUAUUUAAUAGGAUCAAUUUCAUGUCUUUGCUGGAUUGUCAUAGUGUGUUACCUAUUUGUUCACAAACCACCAGGAAAGAUUAUAAAAUUGAAAGAUGUCAACUAUCAAGUUGAGCAAUUGGAAAAAGAUCUCAAAGGACAACUCAAUUCAAAUAAAAUCCUGAUAAAUAAUUUACGAAGCUUAAAGAGGAAACUGUCUGGUACCGGUAAAGAGAUUAAAAGCUAUAGUUAUGAUGAUACCAUAGCUGUACUUUUAUUUUCUUGUAACCGUGUCACCGUUCGUCGCAAUCUUGACCAAUUGCUCAAAUAUCGUCCUGAUGCUACCAGUUUUCCAAUUAUUGUUAGUCAAGAUUGUGGCCAUGAACCUACACGUAAAGUUUUACAAAGCUACGGUGAUCAGAUAACCCUUAUUCGUCAUCCAGAUUUAAGUGAUAUUCCUCUAGUAGGGAAAGAGAAAAAAUUCAAAGGCUAUUACAAAAUCGCUCGCCAUUAUGCUUGGGCAUUAAAUCAGACAUUUAAUGUUUUCAACUACAACACUGUUAUUAUCGUGGAAGAUGAUCUGGAUAUUGCUCCAGAUUUUUUUGAAUAUUUUCGAGCUACUUAUCAAAUCCUAGCUAGUGAUCCCACUUUAUGGUGCGUUUCAGCCUGGAAUGAUAAUGGUAAAGAGGGCUUGAUCGCUGAUAACUCAGCUGACACAUUAUAUAGAUCAGAUUUUUUUCCUGGCCUUGGCUGGAUGAUGACAAAAAAUGUUUGGCUUGAGAUUGCUGAUAAAUGGCCUAAAGCAUUUUGGGAUGAUUGGAUAAGGCAGCCUGCUCAAAGAAAGGAACGCGCUUGCAUCAGACCAGAAGUUUCCCGAACCAAGACAUUUGGUAAAGUUGGAGUGAGCAAUGGACUUUUCUUCGAAAAACAUCUUAAAUUCAUCAAACUAAAUGAACAAUUCGUGCCUUUCACAAAAUACAAUUUGACUUACCUACUAAAAGAUAAUUACGAUGAUUGGUUUAUUAAGACAGUUUACGGAAGUCCUUCAGUUACUGUUCAGGACUUAGCAAGUGGCCGAUUAGAUGGGAAUGGACCUGUUCGUUUAACCUAUCGUUCAAAGGUUAACUUCAAGACUAUUGCCAAAGCUUUCAGACUCAUGGAUGAUUUUAAGUCUGGUGUCCCCAGAACAGGUUACCGUGGAGUCGUCCCAUUCAUGUUUAGAAACCGACGAGUUUACCUUGCUCCUCCUCCUGAUUGGAAAGGUUAUGAUACCAGCUAACAAGUUAAUGAUUAUAGCUAUUGAUUCAACAUUCCUGAUUUCCGAAAUGACUUGGUAAUAAAUCAUACUGACGCUGCCAAAACACUGUUGUUUCAAUAAAAUUUCGGACAACAUCUUCUGCAGUUCAUGGCAUCUUCCAAGCUGGAGCCUUUGCUUUCGAACUUGUUUCUUUUGUUUAAAUGCAAAUAACAGCCAACCAUUAUUAGUGAACUUUUUUAAAUAUCAUUACAAUUAAGAAAGAUUUGAGUGAGCUUUGGUGCUUGUAAAGCUGUAUUAACAUUCGUUAUGACAGUAUUGCUGAAUUUUACUCAAACUGGAGCCUGUUCUUGGAAAAGAAAUCUCAUCUUCGUCAAACCACAUUAUAAUCAACUCCAUCAACCUGAUCAACCCUAUUUCAAUCAUCAUAACUAUCAUAAAAUAUCAUAAAGCAUCAUCAACAUCAAAUAUUCCGAUAAAUUUGUUACUUUUUCUCAAUGUAUAAUGUAAAAUGGUUAAUAGUCAAUUCCUGCAGCCUAACAACAUUCAUUAACUAAUAACUGACUCGACAGUGAAAUUAUACCUUUAAAAAUUUGUGUAAUCAAGUGAAGGCGAGAUGUGUACAGUUGCCUGUUUGUCCUUUUUACUUGAUCAUCACCAAAACGAGUAACUCAUCACCACCAUUCAUUUUAUUUUGUAAACAUGCUCUACAUACACAUCAAAAUCUAGUCUUAUUCAUGGUCAACCAGGGGAUUAAUUAAAAAAAAAUGAAACAGAAAUUCCAAUUAUGCUCGACUGAAAGACACUCUGUUGUCUAGCAAAGAGUCUAAAACUUAUAGAUCCAUGUAAAUAACUAUCGACAAUUUUAAAGGUUUUAUCCGUUUGGAUUCAAGUUCCAGCAGUCAGCUAAUCAAAAAGCAGAUGAUUUACCGGAUUGGGUAUUGAUAAAUAAAAACUACAAACAAUAUAAAAAUGUGUAUAAUCCACUGAUAUUUAAACUAAAUUUACUUGCUUGUUUUGUUAAUUAUUUUACAAGGAAAAAUUAUAAAUUUAGUGAGCAACAACCAGAUUGGCAAAGUAAAAAUAAUAAAAGAUAAUCUAAUUUUUUGGAUAA